AUGAUGGUCCUUACUCUAAAGGGAACAAGGACUCACAAGGGACAGACAAUUCCCUGACCUCCAGGAGACAGAGUAUCCCAGAAGAUCUGCGGGGCGUGACGAUAGUGGAGCUGAUUAAGAAGGAAGGCAGCACCUUGGGCCUCACCAUCUCUGGAGGAACAGACAAGGACGGAAAGCCCCGCGUCUCCAACCUACGACCAGGAGGACUGGCUGCCAGGAGUGAUCAGUUGAACGUGGGCGACUACAUCAAGUCAGUGAAUGGCAUCAACCUGACCAAGCUGAGACACGAAGAGAUCAUCUGUCUGUUGAAGAACGUGGGGGAACGAGUGGUGCUGGAAGUGGAGUACGAACUGCCCCCAUCAGCACCAGACAGUACCUCAGGUGUGAUUUCCAAGACAAUGGAGAUAUGUUUGCACAAAGAAGGGACAAGCUGCUUCGUCAUGAGAGGGGGCUCACACGAAGACUGGAACAAAUCUCGCCCCCUAGUGGUGACAUACGUCAGACCAGGAGGUCCUGCAGACAGGGAGGGUAGCCUGAAGCCGGGCGAUCGUCUGAUGUGUGUGGAUGGGGUGCCCCUCCACAGUGCCAACCACAGGGAUGCCCUCGCCGUGCUCAACCAGUGUGGUCAGGAGGCCCUCCUACAGAUCGAGUAUGACGUCUCUAUCAUGAAUACUGUGACGAAUGUGUCUGGUCCCCUAUUGGUGGAGAUCGCCAAGUCACCAGGGGCGGCUCUGGGUAUCACCUUGACAACCGCCACCCACAGGAACAAACAGGUCAUCGUCAUCGACAGGAUCAAAGCAGCUAGUGUGGUGGACAGGUGUGGAGCUCUCCAUACAGGGGACCACAUCCUGUCCAUCGAUGGGACCAGCACAGAGCACUGUUCAGUCCUAGAGGCCACACAGCUGCUUGCCAGCACAUCAGACCAGGCCAAGCUAGAGAUCCUCUCUGCCCACCACAGCAGACUGCCUAACAAACCACAGGACACUGUGAAGGUUCAGAAGAGUGACCACCCCCACUCGUGGGACCCCUGUGUGAACUACUGUCCCUCCCAGCACCCCUCUUCUCACUGUAAGACCUGGACCACCUCUAACAACCCGUCCAGCACACAGGAAUACUGCAAAUCUCUAGUGUCUACCAACUUCUCCCCAGGUUCCACCACCACCACAUCAGGCCCUGGGUCGACCAGCCAGAUCUCCAGUACGCUGCCCCGUACAGCCGUCCCCAUGAGCCCACGCAACUCCAUGAUGAAGAGACGACAGAGGAAAAAAGAGCAUAAGAGCUCAUCCGUGUCCCUGGCGUCCAGUAGUGUAGGUCCUGGUGGCCAGAUCGUCCACACAGAGAGCAGUGAGAUCAUCCUGAGAGGAGACCCCCUCAAUGGCUUUGGGGUCCAACUACAGGGGGGAAUAUUCGCUACAGAGACCCUCUCUGCUCCCCCUCUCAUCCGCUUCAUAGAGCCAGACAGCUCUGCUGAGAGGUGCGGACUGCUGCAGGUGGGAGACAGACUCCUGUCCAUCAACGGAAUCCCCACGGAGGACGGAACACUGGAGGAAGCGAAUCAGCUUCUACGAGAUGCGGCUCUGACCAAUAAGGUCUCCCUGGAGGUGGAGUUUGACGUCGCAGAGUCUGUUGUGCCCAGUAGUGGAACGUUCCAUGUUAAACUACCUAAGAAGAGAGGGGUGGAGCUGGGCAUCACCAUCAGCGCCAGUAAGAAAUCUGGAGAGCCGUUAAUCAUCUCAGACAUUAAGAAAGGCAGCAUGGCUCACAG